UCAGUCAGUGGAACAUUUUAAUUUCCUCUAUGGUGAACUGUCAAAUAAAUUGAGUGUUGCUUUUUAUUUCUAACACUGUUUUUGCUUUGAGUUGAUCUGUUUCUAGGUGAAUAAAUAUUGGAAAAUACAUAAAAAUCUACUAAAUCAAAUAUUUCGAAUUGAGAAGGAAUUGCAACGAAUGAUUUAAUUCCAAAACCAAUUGUGUUUCGACGGAUAAAAAAUGAUGAAAUUGUUCGCAUUGAUAGUGCCACUUGUUGCCGUUUUCAACCGAUUGCUGGCAGAAAGUGCGCAAAAUGAUAGGUCCAAAAUGGUCGAGCUAUUUGAUGCAAUCGAAAAUGAUUCUAUAUCAACAAUCGAAUAUUUGAUCCGGGGAGGAAUGAAUAUGAGCUUACGAUUUGACACUGGAGAUACUCCAAUCCAUGUGGCUGCAAGUUUUGGUCGUGCGAAUGUCACAAAAAUCCUCAUCAAACACGGUGCAGACCUCAGUGCUAAAACACAUGAUGGAUAUACCGCUCUUCAUAUUACUGCAUACAAGGAUUAUGCGAAAAUCACCGAAUACCUCAUCGAACAUGGUGCUGACGUUGAUGCGAAAAGCAGCGGUGGAUAUACAUCCCUCCAUUUGGCUGUGACGUAUGGUUCCGUGAAUGUCACAGAAGUCCUCAUCAAACAUGGUGCUGACAUCAGUGCUAAAAAUCAAAAGGGAAAUAUGCCAAUUCAUCUUGUGAGCCAAUUUGAUCAUGUUAAAGUUGCAGAAAUGCUCAUCGAACACGGCGCCGAUGUCAAUGCAAUUGGAUUUGAUAAUUGGACACCACUUCAAGUAGCUUCACGAAAAGGUUCGGUGAAAGUAUCAGAAGUCCUCAUCAAAAAUGGUGCUGACAUUAGUGCUAAAACAGCAAAAGGAAAUAUGCCACUGCAUUUAGCUGCACAAUAUGAUCAUGUGAAAAUCGGAGAAAUCCUUCUUAACCAUGGAGCUAACAUCAGUGGGUUUAGCACUGAUGGAUUCACAGCACUUCAUCUAGCCGCUCAAAAUGAUAAUGGGAAAGUCGCAGAAAUGCUCAUUGAACACGGUGCCGAUAUUAAUGCAACAGGACGCGACAAUUGGAUGCCAAUUCAUAUGGCUGCACAGAAUAAUUCCGUGAACGUUGCAGAAAUCCUUCUCAAUCAUAGUGCUGACAUCAGUGCUAAAAACAAUGAUGAAUACAAUCCACUUCAUAUUGUUGCUCAAAAUGAUAAUGCGAGAGUCGCAGAAAUUCUCAUCAAUCAUGGUGCUGACGUGAAUGCUACAGCAAACAGUGGAAAUAUGCCACUUCAUGUCGCUGCAAAAUAUGGUCAAAUAAAAGUCGCAGAAAUUCUCAUUAAACGCGGCGCUGGCAUCAAUGCCAAAAAUGAUUUGGGACACACGGCGCUCCGUAUCGCUAUAUCCACCGGUAAUGCGGGCUUCACUCUAUUCCUCAUUGAACACGCUGCCGACGUAAAUAUUAAAGACAAUGAAGGAAGUAUGUUACUUCAUAUCGCUAUGCUAUCGGAUGAAGCUGAUUUGAAUACCGUUAAAUUUCUAAUUGAAAACGGAGCCAACGUUAACGGUACAGAUAACAAGAAUGGAUUCACACCACUUCAUUUGGCUGCACAAAAUGAUCAUAUGAAAGUCGCAGAUUUCCUCAUUAAACACGGUGCUUACAUUAAUGCCAAGGGCAUAAAGAAAU